UUUACAAACGAUCUCGAAUGAAUCGUUGGGUCCGACAGUGCUGCCGUCCUGGUGGCGGAAUUAAAUGGUACGCAAACCAAGGGGGUGGAUAUAUAAGGAAAAAUACCGUCAAGGACAUGCCGGGUGGUGGGGGGAAACAAAACCUCUCGACGCGCGCGGCCUCUGUGCUGUGCUGCUGCUGUCGGCCAUCACGGCCAUCACUCGCUUUCCGUUCGCCUUGCCGUUUGCACGCCAUCCAAACUCUCUCUCUCUCCCGCUUGUCACACGACCGACCGACCGACCUUUUCACCUAUUGCGUUUCUCGACGUUGUUUGGUGUGUGUUUCCUUCGUAACCGUACCCUGAACGAGACAACAAUUUAACACUCUUUGUGUUUGUGUUUGUGAGUGUGUGUGUGUGAGUGUUUGAGUUUGAAUAUGUGCACUUUGAACGCGAUUGACGUUUAGCACUUACCAAAUUUCCACCAUCGGCGAUGGAUUGAACGUUGCACUUUCUCCUGAUUGGAUUGGCCGUUUUGAUUUUGAAACGAUUAUUAAGUUAUUUUUUUGUGGUUCAAAACCAAUUGGGUCUGAGUGUAUGAAACUCUUGUGAAAUUGUAAACUGGAUGUCACACGUGCAACGGACUUGAUUUCAGGAAGAAAAUUUCGACAAUCAACUUCGAGUCAGUGUGUGCUGACUCAAUUGCAAUUUGUUUUUUUAAUUACACACUGUCGUCGCUCAUCAUGAAGGCUUCACUGUCAAUCAUCAACCGGCUCCUUUGGCUCCUGCUCCUCUUCGGCUCAUUCCCAGGUCAAUUAACAACGUCAGUUUCAGGAGCUUCGGUCGUUUCGGAUUUAUGGAGUCCUAAAGGGGACUCGUCUGGCCAGCAUCAGCACUCGGUGUCGCUCUCUCACGACGGCAAGGCGCUGGGCGCCAGCGUCGGCAACAACAUGCCGUCGUUCGACGUGUCGUUGCCACUCAACGUGACCACUCAGUACGGAGCUCACGCCCAUCUUGUCUGCCGAGUCCAGGAUGUUGCCAACAAAUCGGUCUCGUGGGUUCGCAAGAGAGACGGCCAUUUGCUGACGGUCGAUACGGACACGUUUAUAGGCGACGGCCGAUUCCAAGUGCACCACCCGGCCAAUUCUGACAUUUGGACGCUGCACUUGAGGGCCGUUCGCGGCUCCGACGCCGGCAAAUACGAAUGCCAAGUUUCCAGCGAGCCCAAGCUCAGUCUCGUCUAUCAAUUAAACAUUGUCGUUCCGCAGGUGGAGAUCAGAGGAGCUCCGGACAUUUACGUCAUGGCCGGUAGCGGUGUGGCGCUGCAUUGCGUCAUUUCGGGGCUGAUUGAGACGCCGCCCUACAUUUUCUGGUACCACAAGACGGAGCGGAUCGCCGGAUCGGCUCUCGAAGAGUCCCGCAUGUUCGAAGGAUCUAAAGAAGCCGCAGCGCUGGCCUCAUCGGCAGGCGCUACGAAAUACGGAUGGAGCGCCCGCGUGACCCGCCUGGGACCCGACUCACUUCUGGCAGUCUUGAACGUUCCGCCGGCCACGCCCGACUUUGCCGGAAACUAUUCGUGUGGACCACCUAGUCUCCAACCGGCCAGCGUCACUCUCCACGUUCUAAAUGUUCACGCGCGCGCCAUUUCGACCGUGAACGCGGGGUAUAAAGCGGCUUGAAAUGUGAUGGCGUGUCACCGCCGCGGCCCGAUGAUGUAUGGGAGACUUUGAUGGGCCGGCUGGGGCUCUCUCACUGUCGCCGAUCCUGGAGAUAGAUGGGCAAAGGGAGGGGAGGAGUUUUCUUUCUUUUCUUUUUCUAAAGCUCCACCCACCUUUGGCAUUCGUGUCCUUUUGAUCCGGCUGCUAUCUCUAAUGUAUUAUUACUAUAUAGUUCUAUUUCCGUGCAAUUUUAAUGUUUAUUUCACUCCGGUCGGUUCAAGUUCGUGAGACUCCUGGCGUUCUCGCCGGCUAAAAAUAAUCAAUGCCGUCGUAUAUAUGGGAGGGAGGGUCGCCGAAAUUUUAUGUCCGGCACGAAAUGUCGGACAAAGUUUGGCCAUUGCACCUCGCGACCUCUUUGGCGACGUCGAAUAAAUCUUGUAGAAAAUCUACGUCGUUAUUUUUUUAUUUCAUAUAAAAAGUUGGGAGAGAAGGUGGGUGUGUCCACCUGGGUAACUCGAUUCGAGGGAAUAACACGGGCAGGAUGAACACACUCUUUUUUUUUUCUUCUUCAAAAUAAAAUCAUUAAAAAAUUGGACGGAGUAUCCAGGACGAGUCCAAAGAAGAAUUUUCUUUUUCUUUUCUUUUUCUUUAUUUUUUGUUUUACGAAAUCGAUCUUGUUAUGUUGCCCAGGUCUCUAGCGAGCUUCUUUACGUACUGUUCCACUCCGGUCAUCAAAGACUGCCCCCCGAAGGUUUCAUCCAACUAAGGGGAAAAAGAAAUAAAUAAAAUGAGAUUUCUUUCUUUCUUUUUUCUCUCUCAAAAGUCAACGUAACGAUGAAAACUAGCAAUGUCUCCGCGUGCCCCGAGCUAUUUGCAACUGUCUUAGCAGAUGGGCCAGCCGGCGCACCGUCGAUUCCUCCAAGGACGUGGGCAGCAGCAGGAGUUGCUCAAAUGUCAAGUGCUAUGUCGGUUCGGUCUCUCUAUGUGCACAUUGGAAGUUGAUCCGCAAAUCACGGAUGGAUCCCUAGUUGCGUGUGUAGCUGGCCAGGGGGGGGGUUAGCUAACUGUGACUUGACACUUGUGCACAUGCACUACUACUACAAAUCCAUUGGACAUCCCAUCCAUCGGAAAGAACCGUUUGUUUGCAUGUUGUACAAUUAAAUUGCGACCCCCGGUUUGGCUGGGCUAUUCGAGUCAGCCGAGUCGGAUGGGAGAGCCCGAUCCUUACCCCCCGCCAUUUUAGUCGUAUCCUGGACCUCCUUUUCCCCCCAUCUGAUAAUAACCGAAUCACUAUUGCGUAUUGGCUUUGACAGGGGAGCAGCCGGCGGCCAUGCAACACGGGAAAAACGGCGGCAGGGGCGUUGUCGUCCAAUCGGCUUGGACCUGGUGGACGACGGCUUUCGUGACUCUGCUCUUGAUGGC